UAUAAGCUGGCUGUGAAAUCAACUCAGGCACUGUCCGGCAUUGACUGGCCGUCCUCUCGACUCUGUUCUGUCUUCUUCAUUGUCUCCAAAUCCACAGGCCUCCACACAGCUGCCUGGUCAACUCUGGAGAGCCUUUCUGAAGUCUUGUCAUCUCCCUGUGGCUCUAAGCACCAGACUUGUGCCCCAAACCCUCAGGAGCCAUGCUGCUGUUGCUGACCUUGGCUGUCCUUGCUGGUGCCACCUGCAGAGCCCAGAAUAUACUGGGCAAUACAAUCGGCAGCUAUUUCUACAUUCAUGGUGAAGAGCAGGGGGAAAUCAAGGCCAUCCGGAUCUUCUAUACACUGGCCAGACGCCUCAAGGGCAUCCAGCUGCAGUUUCAAAAUAACUGGAGUGAUAUCAAAGGAGUCCGUUCAAGCCGUUAUGAAGAGUUUCUUCUGAAUGAUGACGAGUAUGUAAUAAAGGUUCUUGGCACUGUGGGAUUGUGCCUGAACUCCCUGACCUUCAUUACCAACAAGGGGACUGAGUUUUCCUUUGGUAAAAAAAAAGGACGUCCAAUUGUAGAGAGUGGAGGUCCAGACCAGCAUCUACAGACUGUCAAUGGGAUGCACUCACCCGUCUGCCUCCAAGGGAUCGGCUUCAAAUGGACCUAUAACACAGUGAUGCGUCCAGGAGAACCAGUGCCCAUCUCUAACACUAACAAAGUGAAGGAAGAUAUCAAAGACAAAUACAAAGUUGAAGACGACGAUGAUGAUGAUGAUGAUGAUGAUGAGGAUGAUCAUAACAUUGAUGAGGAGUAGAAAGAUGAGAAAAAGUAGUAGAGAGCUCAGAUCUCAGUCCUGUAUUGCCACAUCGUAUGACCUCCUCUCAGCCAAGCUCACCCAUCUGGAGGGACCAGUGUACCAGGUGACCCUGGGCUGGAGGAGGCAAAGCCUCAAAGACCCUGUAUCUCUGUCCAAUAAACUCUGUGCAUCCAUA